CCCUUCAGCGCGGCCACCUGACCGGGCUCCACAGACGCCGUGCGCGCCCCUGCAGCGCGUCGCCGUGAGAGCUCCCCGCUCCUCCGGCUGCGCUGUGCUGUGCUCGGCCUAGUGCAGCUGCAGCUACAACUCGUGGAUGCGAGGAUGACACCGGCGCCGCCGUUCACCGAGACACCCUGAUCGCGAGGAGGGCGGAUCUGAUUCGUUUCUAUCUUCUUCUUCUUCUUCUUUUUUUUUUGAAAUCACCAUGGCGAUGGCGCUCGUCGUUGCACCGUCGCGGACGCGGCCGAUCGCGGCCGUUUUGACAUUUAUUGCACUGUGGGGAUGCGCGCUCUCCAUCUCGCGCUACUCAAUUCCGGAGGAGAUGGAGGAGGGCUCCUUUGUCGCCAACCUGGCCGCGGACCUGGGUCUGGACGUCCGCAGUUUGGUGCAGCGGCGGGCCAAGCUCGAUGUCAUCCACUCCAAGAAUUACCUCGACAUCAACAAAGACACCGGGGAGCUGAUCAUCCGCGAGAGGAUAGACAGGGAGGGCAUAUGCACGACCAAGACCGCCUCGUGCUUCCUGAAGAUGGAUGUCAUCCUCGAGAGCCCCAUUCGCAUUUUCAACAUCGAGCUCGAGAUCAUGGACAUCAAUGACAACGCGCCCGUGUUCCGCAGGAAGACGAUGCCCUUGGACAUCUCGGAGGCAACCCCUCCCGGCGAGAGGUUUUCAUUGACAAACGCUGUGGAUGCCGAUGUGGGGGCGAAUUCGAUCAAGACCUACUAUCUGAGCGAGAGCAAAUACUUCAUCAUCGACAUACAAACUGGCAGCGACGGCUCCAAAUAUGUCGAUUUGGUGCUGAACGGUAAUUUGGACCGAGAGGAGCAUUCAGUCCAUAAUUUGAUUCUAACCGCUGUGGACGGAGGGGUGCCUCCCCGCUCCGGCACAGCCAACAUCAUUAUUAAUGUCCUGGAUAUCAAUGACAACGCCCCCCUGUUCAGUCAGCCGGUAUUCGCAGUCAAUGUUUCAGAGAACUCGGCUGCAGGCACACUGGUCAUGACCUUAAACGCAUCAGACUUGGAUGAAGGCACAAACGCCCAGUUGAUCUACUCGUACACACUGUACACCUCCGAGAAGACACAGGAGCUCUUCUCGCUCGACCCGAGCUCGGGCGCAAUCAAGGUGAAGGGGGUGAUCGACUACGAGGAGAGCCAGAGUUUUGAGAUGCACAUACAGGCUCAGGACAGAGGGGCGAGCCCGCGGUCAGGCCACUGCAAAGUGAUGGUGUUCGUCACUGAUCUGAAUGACAACUACCCCGAGGUGACCAUCAAGUCCGUGAAAAGCGCCCUGGCUGAGGACGUCUCCAUGGGCACACUGAUCGCAGUGGUCAGCGUCCGCGACAGGGACUCCGCGGCCAACGGGGAAGUGGAGCUCACCUUGAAUAAGCAAGAAACCCUGCCAUUCGUUCUAAACAGAUCAGCAGAGGGUUACUACGAGCUGCUGGUUUCAAAGCCAGUGGACCGAGAGAUAAUAAGCAGAUAUGACAUCACGCUGAGGGUGACAGACAAAGGCUCGCCGCCCUUAUCUGAAACCGAGACCAUCACUUUGGACAUUCUGGAUGUCAACGACAACGCGCCGAGAUUCUCUCAGUCCUUCUACACGAUCCACGUCGUGGAGAAUAAUGUACCAGGGGCACAGUUGACGUCUCUGAGUGCAUUUGACCCGGAUUUAAACGAGAACCAGUACUUGGUUUAUUUCAUAAUGGAGAAGGAGAUCGUUAACACGUCCAUGUCAAUGCUGUUCUCCAUCAACCCUGAGAACGGGGAUCUUUAUGCCCUGAAGACCUUCGACUAUGAGAGAGAGAGGGAUUUCCUCUUCCACAUCGAGGCGAGGGACUCCGGUGUAUCCCCGCUGAGCAGCAACGUGACGGUUCACAUCAUCAUUCUGGACCAAAACGACAACACUCCUCUCAUAGUAUCACCGUGGCGGGCGCAGGGCUCCGUUGUGGAGGAGGUGAUACCCAGGUCCACCGACAAGGGGCACUUGAUCGCCAAAGUGAUAGCUAUCGAUGCGGAUUCUGAGCAGAACGCCAGGGUCACGUACCAGCUCCUGCAGAUCAGUGACGCAUCCCUCUUCAGUCUUGAUCAGUACAACGGUGAAAUCCGGACGACGAGGAUGUUCAGCUACAGAGACCCAAGACAUCAGCGGCUUGUCGUUGUCGCCAAAGACAAUGGCCAACCGUCCCUCUCAGCUACCGUAACCAUCAAGAUUUCAACGGUGGAACACGUCCUGUCCUUUUCAGAGACGACAGAGUUGCCACUAGAGUACGACGUCUUCACAGACCUGAACUUGUACUUGGUCAUCGGCCUGGGUGCCGUGUCGUUUCUGCUACUGAUAACCAUCUUGGUUAUCAUAGUGCUGAAGUGUCAAAAACCAAAGCCGAAGGCCAUCAAGAUGCCGCCGGCCAACAGGAACAGCGUGAUCAGCAGGAACAGCAUGAUCAGCCAGAGGAGCUCCACCAUCGCAGAUUCCACCCUGAUCUCCAGCGACGCCUACUGGUACAGCCUGUUCCUCGCGGAGACCAGGAAAGGCAAAGUGGUGGUGAGACAGCCCAUAAUUCCCAAAGGAGCUGGGUACUUUGUGUCCAGUAUACCCAGGAGCAUAGGGCCAAGUGAGACCACAGACUCCAGAGCAUCCACACUGGAGUACUCAAAAUGAAAGGAAGUCCAUUCUACAACUGGAGCAGCAACCCAGAAGAGAACUGCCAUGAUAUAAUCAUCUCUUCGUGGGAGGGUCUGUGACUCACAAAGAAGAUGUUUGAGAGUCACAAACACCCCCCCCCCAGACGCUCUGAUCCAACUCCUCUCCCUCUCCAGUCCCCCCAGACGAACAGCGACCACUAACCGCCUCAGCCUUUCUUACCUUUUUUUUCUUUUUUUCUCUUUUCAGCAUGAAUCUGCAUGAUUCUACAAACUAAAGUAUUUUUCAAAUGUUCAAAAGUAUUUGGGCAAUAGAAAGUCCUUUACGGCAGAAUAUCUCGGACAUUACUAGAGUGGCCUCAUGUAGUGCAUUAUUCCCCUCCUCCUCCACGAUGCGUUGAAUCUCCUCGGCGGACAAACUCGCCUUCUCUCCAGGUUUACGUUGUGUGCUGUAGUUCUAGAAGCCAUCAGUAGAUCACCAUCGUGCAACAUUUCUCGUCCAGAGCGCGUCUUACUAUGGGCACACAGGUGAAUCAGGGUGAAUAUGACUCUUCCAUAAACCUGUUAAAUACUGAACUGUAGCUGGUUAUGUCAUUGAUUCAGGCUUUUCACUAGGUGUACUUUUAUUCGGUUUUUGUUUUUCUGAUACAACAUUUCUACUAUAUUAUGAGUCCUGCUGUUUAGCCAGGCUCAUAUUGUCAACUAGUAACUUUCCACUGAAAACAAUCAGUUUUGUUUUGUUUUUUACAAUGUUUGUUGUACUUACAGUGAUGAAUGUGCGAAAAUGACAAAAACAGAAUGAAAGAAAAACUGAAAAAGAUUGGGGUGGGGGGGGGGACAAACAAACAACAGAGAUACACUGUUUCUCUUUUCAUUUUGAUUGUAGAUCCUGUCGUCCUAUAGAUUCUGGACACUUGCGGAUGUUCAGUUCAUACUUUAACUGCGCUGCUGUCGAGUACCUAAUUGCGCACAGAUCUAUCUGGGUGAAAAAAGUGAAACACAACGACACUGCUAAUAUAGAUUUUUUUUUUCCAAAAAGUAAAGAAGAAAAAGAAAUGUAUCAGAAAGAUGUCCCUGUUCAGAUUCGUAACUGUUCCAGCCUCUCUCCUCUUGUGGGGCUGAGGCGUGUCCUCGGGUGAAGUCUUUGUGCGGCGCUACUCUGACGUCACAGACUGGGGACGGGGCCAGAAUGGGCGACAUGUGAAAGAGACUAACUCAUCGUUUCUAAAACAGUGUCAAAAUUCUUAGUGACAAGACUUUGAUCACGUGUACAGUAUAAGCCAUUGUCCUCUCUGCUGAACCCAAAAUCCGUUUCUUAGGCUGAUGAAACCGGCAAUUCAAAAAUCAACUCAAUUUAUCCGCAGCGCAGAGUUCAAAUUAUAUUAAUUGGAGGAAGAGAAAAAGAACAUUUGUACUGACAAAUACGUUUGUCUUAUGGCAAAGAGGAAGAAUAUCAAAUGUAUUUAUCUUUGACAAUAAGGGAAUAUAAAAAGCAAGGUGUCGUUUUAUGAAUAUUCCUCGUUUUUAUCGAUAUUUUAUGUAUUGACUUUUACCGCUGCUUCCGUGAGCUUCUUCAAGGGCGUUUUUUUUGCGUUGCAUUUCUUUCUUUGUAGUUUAGUGCAUAUGUUGGUGUUUUUGAUCGUGUACAGAAGUUUAAACUAAAACAGGAGUACUCUUCUUGACCUCAAAAGGUAGCGCAGUUGCACUACUGUGAAGCCCAGGACUGUCAGAAACAAGGAGCUCGUCAGGACCGCUCGCUAGGGUGCUAAAUUAUUGUUCAAUCUGACUGGUCAAGGUUUCGGAGCUCGGAUUGGGAGGUGAUGGAGAAGAGUGUGUAAAUAACACUGCAGCAUUGUAGUCCUGACUCUGCAAGUUCAAAAAAAAAUUAAAAUAAUACAGUGCUGUUCACGUAGAGAGUGCAUAAAAAGUACAGAGCAGAGGACGGCUUUUUGAAAUAUGCACCUAGACUAAAUGUGAGCACAGCCUUCGGAUGUAUCGGGUUACAGUGCAUAUUCUGAGUCAGGGAAACCCAACCCCUCUUUUCAUCUAUCGCUGUUCCGCCACCCCGGCUGCUCGGCGAAUAAACACAGCUGGCCGUCUGUCUGUCAGACUGAGGAUGUCACUUAACGGGGGGUCUCUCGCAGUGGAGAACAUGCCGUACGGCGCAGGCGUCGCCUGAACCGGUCGAUUUCCCACCUUAAAGUAUAAUAAAUUGCACAUGUAUACGAUGAGCUCUUUGCGUGCCUUCUGCAUUGUAAAUGAUACUGUAUAUGCGACUGUUUGAUGAAUGAAAUAUUGGCAUUUGGUACAGUAUUACAAAUUACAGUAAUGAUCCCCGUCAAGAAAAUAUACCACAUUGUAUCAUUUCGGAGUUGUCGGACAUAGGGACUCCGCCUUCUUGGGUUCAGGACAGACGUUGAAUUAGGAACCAGAAGAUUACUGUAAAUUAAACUGCUUUAUACUUUGUGUUUUUUAUACAGUAGACUUUUUUGAUAUCUAUCUGUAUUCACUGUGAUCAAAUGGCACAGGAGGUGCUUGUGCUCGGUAUAGUAAAAGUGUGUUCUUUCUCAUUUGUGUGCACAGCUCUGUUUUCCUUUUUUUUUUAAUUUUAUUUCCCUCGGUUGAUUUGCCAGUACAGAUUGUACAGUAUGCUGCGAGAGUUGCAUCAAACGUAAUCCAGCUCCAUCCCACAUAGUGGAUCAGAGACAAUAUGGGAGAGAAUGGUCUUGCUUUAUUUUUUCAAGUCUAGUUAACUGUCAGAUUUUGAUGUUGCUUAUUUGGCGUAAAUGUUCUGCCUGAUCAUGCUAGUUUGAAUAAAGCUUUUUAAUCCGU